AUGUGCAACCGCCAGUUCACGGCUCACUUUACGUACAACGUACCGUCGCAGGGGUACACCGAGCACGCCUACCUCGAUAAUGCCCGCUGGGUGCAGGCGGCCGAAGGGCUGGUACCGCCCGAUGCGGUCGUCGGCGGCUACGAAGGCGAAGUGACGUUCAUCGGGCGGGCGAAGCAUCGCGGCUCGAUCGUGCCGGGCCGGAUCGUGCCUUCGAAGAAGGCGUGCUGCGUCGUGUGGGGUGGCGAGGAGCACACCAAAUCCGACUACCAGGUGUUGUGCGGGUACGAGGGCCACUUCGUACACGUUGGUGGCGGCUACAUCCCGAACGGAGCGCUGCGGGGCGGUGUGUCCGAGCACGGCAAACCGCUCUACAUUGGGCUGGUGCGCCUGGGAUCGACGACGGUCGUUGGCAAGGUGCAGCCGGAGCACUCCUGCUGCUACAUCGCGGUCGGUGGGGUGGAGAAAGCUUUCCGCGAGUACGAUGUUUACGUUACCACCGCCGGCUAUAAUCAACCAGUGCCUGGGCGCUGAAUGCGCAACGUUUUCACGUCCACCCUCCUCCUUACAUGACAUGACACCGGGAACACGACUACCUCUAUGCUGCAUUUUUUUGAAUGAAUAAACCGUUUCGCGUCACCAUACAA